CAUAAAAUUUCAUUUUAUAACCUUGAAAUUCAGAGAGGGUGGUUGAGUUGCAAACAUCAGCUCACAUGGCUGAUAGUUACGUAAAUAUAAAAUAAUCAUCUGAACAAUUAGUUGUCAAUUAUUGUUGGUAAAAGCAUUGUUGUAAGACGACUUCUGCAUCCUUAAAAUUUGAGUGAGAAAAUCCCAAAGGAUAACUGAAGUUUGAAGAUGAUGGAUUCUGCUGCCGUUGCUGCUGCUGCUUCCAGUUUGGAUCGCCUUGAUUCUGCUUUAGAAGGGUUACGGCGCCGAUCGGUCACUGCGGAGCAGAUCUACAAGGACUGGAGGUUUCUACCUUAAUCGUUUUUCUGAUGCAGAGGAGGAGGAGGAGGACCACGAGGGUCCAGAAUCACAGUUCCUUCUCCUUCUGGCUCGUGAUUGUGAAACAAAAACCAAGCGAUUGAUGGCUGAAAUUGGAGAAGCUCUUGACUAUCUGUACUCGUGCUCAACUGGAGGAGGGAGCACCAUCAGCAGCUCACUCCAGUUCCAGCUGAUGUCUCCUGCAACUCUUGAUGUUUCUUUUUGGCCAAAAUUUGUCAGCCAUGCACAAUCAAACGUGCUCAGAAUCAGUCAGAUUGUGGUAGAUCACUUGGGUCAUGAACACUUUGGUAUACGGGAUCAAGUCUUUUCCUUUUACAACAGUCUGAAGUCCAUCAAGCGUUACUUUGGUCUGUUAUUCAGCGAUCCCAAAUUCCCAUACCUGGGAGGAGCAGGAGCAGAUGAUGCACUGCCUAGUAUUGAUGCCUUCCUCGGUCAUGUGGUAUCCUUGGUCCUUCGGAUUGCCAAUCGGUGUUCUGAUCACUGGUUGGAUUGCAAAACAGGCCGGAUCCAAGUGGAAAAAGGUGAGUUGAGUAAGUUCGUGGAGGAUUUGCACCAUGAGGUUCAUCCAAGAAAUCCCAAUUUCAUGAGGUUCCAUCUCAAUUUCCUUUUGACUCUUUGCUGUAUUAGUAAUAACAAGGAUGAAGAGAUGGAUGUUGUUAUGCAAUUCUGCAACUAUCUCUUCAAUUCUGAACGUGGUGAUUUUCGAAAAGAGGUGGCUUCCCUUUUAACUCUUUUUGUUGAUGCUACUACUAAAUUAAAGGUCAAGGAUGCAGUAAAAAGUUUCUUUCCAGAAAUCAAUGCAAUGCUGGUUGAGAUAGCGUCGCUCUUUGAAGUCAAUUGUCGCAAGGGGCACAAACUGGAUGACUCUCCUCAGUGUUCUGAGUUACUUACAAGAAUUUGUCUUCUCAGAGCGGAGCUUUCCCUCAUGGCACAAAUUCAUAAUAUGAGCGAAAUUUGCAGCAAUUCGUCGUCCUCCUCCAGUAUGCUUUCAGAUUGGAAAGAUAUCUCGAGAAAUCUGAGCAUAUAUUCCAAAAAUUUACCCCUUGAGAAGAUUGAGGGUGGGGAAAAGACGUUGGCGUUCACUGAAUCGUUGUUUCAGGAAGUAGAAUCUCUUCAUCAGUCAUUUAGGGACAAGAAAAUCACUGGAUGUAUCAUGAAGAACUCACUUCUCCUACUUUUUUUUAAGAUUGUGAUUUUCAAGGAAGAGUCAUUUCUAACGGAUAUAUUACUGUUGAAGAGUGGUAAUGACGCAACUUCCAUGGCUGGUGGGAAAGAUCGAAUUGCACUUCAUCUUCAGAAGCUUGAGUACUUUCCACUAAUUCUCUCAGAUGAGCGAAUGAAGAAUACAGAGGACAUCUUCAGAGCCUUCAAGCCAAUUGAAGUUUUUUUCAGGAGUCUGACAAGUCUCAAUUAUUCUUUUCUUAUCGCACAAGAUGAAAUGAUCCUUUCAUUUUCUGAGCUUUUAGACAAGAUGAACCAGUUGAUGGAGGCAAAGCUCAAAAAGAUAAUUCCCCAAUUUCCACCGUUUGCUUUCCCUACGACUUUCAGAUUGAAUUUCGUUGAUUCUCUGUCAACAAACCUUGUGGAGCUGCUGAAAUAUGAUCCUGCGUCAAUUGCAUUGGUGAAGCACCACAUUGAAGAAAUUCAACGACAUCUCCAGUCAUUGAGUUCUUUUCUUGUGGAUGUUUCAAAGUUACAGAUUGAAGGGGAUCUGGAGCUGAAAGAUAUUGGUAAUCAAAUCAUCCAUUUGGGGUAUAAAGCGGAGUAUGUGAUUGAUUCAAUUGAGGUUGAUGCUCAAUGGCAGGAUUUCUUCUGGUUAAAUGAUGUACUGCAGGAGCUAAGAGUUGUUAAUGAGAAGGCCUGUGGAAUUCAGUUGACCAUCGGUGAUGCUAAAGUCCUAGAUCCCGAAAAUGUGACCCACGUUUCACGCGGUACGUUUCCAAGGGAUGGUACACCGGCGAUCGAUGAAAUUGUGGUGGAUCUAAGGGACCAAGAAGAAAUGAUAAUAGCCAUGCUCACUAGAGGAUCCAUGAGUCUAAAUACUGUUUCUAUUUUUGGAAUGCCCGGUUUAGGCAAGACUCUAUUGGCGAGGAAAGUAUACAACAAUAGAUUUGUCACGUGCCGCUUCGAUAUUCGUGCAUGGUGCAGUGUUUCCCAAGUAUAUGAGAAAAGAAAAUUAUUGCUUGAAAUUCUAACUGGGAUUCAUGGGCUUACUGAAGAGAUUCGCCAAAUGAGGGAUGAAGAUCUCCAAGCAAAAUUGCGUCAAUGCUUGUUGAGAAACAGGUAUCUCAUAGUUAUGGAUGACGUUUGGGGUGAAGAAGCUUUUAAAGACUUAAAAAAUAGUUUCCCGGAUGAUGCCAAUGGAAGUAGGAUUCUGGUGACCACUCGUUCCUGUGGAUUGGCCUUGGAAAUCAGUCCACAUGGAGAACAUCAUUCUCUUCGCGAGCUGUCUGAGGAUGAAAGUUUCAGGUUAUUAAACAUGAAGGUAUUCAAUGAGGAAGGUUGCCCCAGAGACUUAGUGGCAGUUGGAAAAGAAAUUGCGCGGCAAUGUCGAGGAUUGCCUCUUGCAAUUGUUGCUGUAGCUGGUAUACUGAAGAUGACAGAAAAGAGCCGAAAUUCGUGGAAGAAAAUAGCAAACAGCUUGAGCUCCCAGGUACUCAAUGACCCAGAAGCUCAGGGCCAGUCAGUCCUAGAACUAAGCUAUCAAUACUUGCCGGAAUAUCUAAAACCAUGCUUUCUCUAUAUGGGAGUUCUUGAUAAAGACAAAGAUAUUCUUGUUAGCAAGUUGAUUCAGUUGUGGCUCGCAGAAGGGUUAAUACCAAAAACUCUCACAAAGAGCUUUGAAGAUUUGGCAGAGGAGUUUUUGAUGGAGUUGAUUGACAAAACCUUGGUAAUAAUCUCCAGAAGAAGAUCCAACGGCAAAGUCAAAGCAUGUCGUCUUCAGUCUCUUAUGCUUGAUUUCUGUAAGUCGAAAACCAAAGAUGCAAACUUCUUUCAGCUAGUAACCAGGUGUGAUGACCCAUAUGCUUCUUUUCCCAGUUCAGAUUAUGGUUUUGAAUUUGAUUUUUACCAUCAUUUGCGUCCUGUUUCAUUUGCAUCCUAUCGGUUGGCUGUAUGUUUGAAGCAAAAUCAUUUUCUUGAGUCAAGACCAUAUGGCCUGGGCACCCGUUCUUUGGUGUUUUUUGCCUCUACAGAUUCAGAAACGAGAUGGCCUUAUGACAUCUCGUUCAUUUUGCACAACUUCAAAUUACUUAGGGUGUUGGAUUUCGAAUGCAUCGACGUGGCUUCUUUUCCUGUUGAAAUUGGACUACUGAUUCAAUUGAGAUAUUUAGCAGUUGGGGGGUAUGUGACAUCUAUUCCACAAUCAUUAGGCAACCUCAGGAAACUGGAAACUCUUAUUGUGAAAGGAUUGCGUGGUAAGAUCAUCUUGCCAAAUACGAUUUGGCGCCUGACAAGUCUGAGGCAUCUUCACGUGAAAAUCCAUGUUGUUUUCAACUUGGAUGAUGAAGAGUAUGAAAACUGCUCUGUUUUAGAAAAUUUGAUCAGUUUUUCCCGCCUGUCCCUUCCCUGUGGUCAGGAUGGAGAAAGGAUAUUGAAGAGGUUUCCAAAUCUUCGCAAACUGAGUUGCAUAUUCUAUGAACCACAGGAUUCUUCCACGACUUGCAAUCAAUUUCCAGUGUUGGAUUUUCUAGCUCAUUUGGAGUCACUCAAGAUAGUCUACUUUGGGACCCCUCUCAAUGAUGGCAAGUUCAACCUACCAUCGAAUCUGAAGAAAUUGACUCUCUCAGACUUUCGCCUGCCAUGGAGCCAUAUAUCUGCAAUUGGGAGUCUUGCAAACCUGGAAAUUCUCAAGUUACAAUCUAGUGCCUUUGAAGGGCAAACAUGGGAGAUGAAGGAAGGAGAGUUCCAGAGCCUCAGAUUCUUGAGCUUAGACACUCUGGACAUUGUCCAAUGGAAUGCCUCUUGUGACCACCUCCCUAGACUUGAAAGACUUGUCCUGCAAAAUUGCAAUGACCUUGAGGAAAUUCCGUUGGAUCUUGCGGAAAUACUCUCAUUGCAAAUGAUUGAAGUGAAUUUCUGUGCACAAUCUGUAGAAGAGUCGGCCAAAGAGAUUGGGGAGGCCACUGGGGAAGUCAAAGUCCUUAUCAGGAGUUCAGAUUUGACGACAUGAUGAGCAUGGUUUGGACUACUCUGCUUUAUACUUCCCAUGAUCGCUCGCCUAUAUAAAACAGGCAAGGCUCAAUUGAAACUUUAGAGAUUUUGUUCGUCACAAGCAAGAAGUUUAAGGCCAAGCUUUGCCUUCCAUUGGAGCUUUCCCAAUUUCAUGUUCUAUUUUAUGCUUUUGAACUUUGGAACUAAUAUAGCAAGGUGAUUCAUUUUUUGAUUGCCUUUGGCACUUGGAUAUUAGCUUUUACUAUUAAUGGAUAUUAAUUUAUUUUGAAUUUAUGAACUGGAGAAAGACGAUGCUUGUAGAUAGAUGUGUUUUGAGAAUGCUUGUUUGAAGAAAUUGAAUUACAGUUGCCUUUCAUCAUCAA